AGACAGCGCGGAAGCCGGGAGUUAAAGAGUCUAUGCCUGUCGUGGGAGCUGGACUGGCCCCUCGGGAGCGCCCAGGAGUCGCCUAUUUGGGGGGCUUCCUUUUUUUACACACCACUAGUUUUCUCUCUCUGCUAUGGGAGAUGUCAAAGAAUCAAGGAUGCAGAUAACACCGGAAACUCCAGGAAGGAUCCCAGUUUUGAAUCCUUUUGAAAGCCCUGGUGAUUAUUCUAAUCUCCAUGAACAAACUCUCUCCAGUCCUUCUGUUUUUAAAUCAACGAAAUUACCAACUCCAGGGAAAUUUAGAUGGUCUAUUGAUCAACUAGCUGUAAUAAAUCCUGUAGAAAUAGACCCAGAAGACAUUCAUCGUCAAGCUUUAUACUUAAGUCAUUCUCGAAUAGAUAAAGAUGUGGAAGACAAAAGACAAAAAGCCAUUGAAGAGUUUUUCACAAAAGAUGUCAUUGUACCCUCUCCUUGGACUGAUCAUGAAGGGAAACAGCUUUCAGAGUAUCAUUCCAGUAAAUGUAUUAAUAUAACUAGUGAAUCUCCGAUUGGACGAAAACUGACCAUCCAUUCUGAGAAAAGCAAUGCUGCUUGUCAGACAUUGCUGUCUCUUCCUGUGGAUUUUAAUUUAGAAAAUGUAUUAGGUGACUAUUUUAGAGCUGAUGAAUUUUCAGAUCAGUCUCCUGGAAACCUCAGUUCUUCAUCCCUCAGAAGAAAGCUGUUUUUAGAUGGCAACGGAAGUAUUUCUGACUCCUUACCUCCAGCUUCUCCCAGAAGUCCUUGCGGUGGUGCUCAAGCCUCACUGGAGGUUUUUUAUUCGAUAGAUUUAUCUCCUGUACAGUGUAGGAGCCCUGUGCAGACACCAAGUUCGGGGCAGUUUUCUUCCAGCCCUAUUCAGGACAGUGCAAAAAAAUACAGCUUGGGAAGUAUAACCAGCCCUUCACCUCUUACUUCACCCACUUUCUCACCAAUUGCAUUUCAAAUAGGAAAGACUCCACUCUCAGAACAAAGAAAGUUUACUUUUCAUUCCCCUGAUAAUUCAUCUGGAACAGCACAUUCUAAUGGAAUUACUAAUCCAUGCAUCAGAAGUCCUUAUAUAGAUGGCUGCUCACCAAUUAAGAAUUGGUCUCCCAUGAGACUCGAGAUGUGCACAGGUGGUACUCAGUGUCGGACGUCCCUGAUUCGGAUACCUUUUGCUCUUGAGGCUCACGGGAAAGACGAAGAAGAUCAGCUGAAUCUUCCUUGCGCAGAUGCCUCGUCACCAGCCAUGGACACAGGUGGAGUACCCCUGCGGCAGGCGAAGAGUGACACUGCAGCCCAUGGCGCACGUUUGGUAGUCACCGCCGUGUCUAUUACACAGAAUCAGUCCAGCACUUCUGAGAAAGAAUUAGCACUGUUGCAGGAUGUUGAAAGUGAGAAAGAGAACAACACUGUGGAUAUGGUUGAUCCCAUAGAAAUAGCAGAUGAGAACACUUGGAUUAAGGAGCCGGUUGAUAAUGGGAGUUUGCCCAUCACUGAUUUUGUGAAUGGGAUUGCCUUCAGUAUUGAAAACUCUCAUAUAUGCAUGUCACCUCUUGCGGAGAGCAGUGUCAUUCCUUGUGAAAACAGUAACAUUCAGAUGGAUAGUGGCUAUAACACACAGAAUUGUGGGAGCAAUAUUAUGGAUACGGUUGGAGCAGAUAGUGAUGCACAAAGCUUGGAAGUUGAGCAUAAGUCUCAAGUUUUUAAUACAAAGGAAGACCGUGUAACACAGAGGUGUUGAAUGAACACAGAAACUUCCCAUCAAGGCAGCAGUCCAUAGAAUACCUCUCAAAGCCAAGGUCCAUCACACAGUGGCUCCUCACUUAAUUUUUAUGCAGAGGAUCAAUAAUGUGAUCGUGAUUGGGAAAAAGUUGCUUCAACUAACAUGCUUAGCUUUUUUUCUUUCCCCCCUUAAUGUGAAAAAUCAAGGGCUUAAUUUAGUGACAUGGGAACAGAAAAGCUCCUGGAACUUUCAACUCAUCGAAGUACAACUGUAUUUUUUUUAAUAAAUAUUUUUGUACUUACCUUGAUUGAUGUGUUUAACAAUUAAAAAAAAUUCGAGAACAAGGACUUUGCUCCUAUCCC